AUGAUGACGAAAAAAACGAGUGAUUGACAGUAUAUGCGAUUGUUUUCACCAAUUGGGCCCUCGUCUUCCACAUUUUGAAUUUCUGUUCCAUGUAUACCCCAUUAGUUGACUUGUCACGGCUCUUACAUCUUUUGUGUUCACCUCAUGGGAUCUGAGCCUGCUCAUCUAUCAUGGUUUGAUUUGUGCAUGUUAUGUCUAAUGGUCAAUGAGCACACGUACAGCCAGAUAGCAAACAUGAUCUGUUUUUAUUCAUCCUAUCUAUUCAUCAUAUGUACUUGGAUCUUAUUUCCUUUGAUUAUAUUCUGGCACCAUAUCCCUAUGCAUGGUACUGGUCUGCACAGUACCUACCCAUCACAUCAUCUCCCGACUUCUGAAACUGCAUCAUGAAGCAACUACCACCUACCUACCUACCUACCUACCGAAUUUUCUAUCUCUCUACACCCCCGGGUACUUUUAUUCCAGACCAGGCCUUUC